AUGGCGUCGCUACAUGAGAAGCUGGACAAGAUCAAGUCGCCCAAGCUGCAGAAUCAACACCAUACUGGCGUUGUUCUCUCUGCCGUUGAAGACACUUUACGCGACCAGAAUGCCGAAUUCACAGCAACCGCAUACUUUGCUGCUCUCCUCGCCCUCCUCCCGCAGUCCAUCAACACAACUCAAGGCAUCGUGAACAAAGAACUUGCAACCUCGGUCGUAUAUCUGCUCGAUGUCGUCUCUGCAUACGUGCCGGCGCCUCUGCUGCGAUCCAAGUUUGCGCAGAUACUGGGCAGCUUGGUGCCGGCCCUGACGCUCGCCGAGGUCGAAGCCCCGCUGCUCAAGUCGUCAGUUGGAUGUCUACAGAAUCUUCUUAUAGCCCAGGAUUCGGCGGCAUGGGCGUUGCCAGCGUCAGAAGUAGGGCCUCGCAGGGCGAUCGCGGGGAUGCUUGCGCUGGCCGUGGAUCACAGACCAAAAGUUCGACGGAGGGUACAGGAUGCGUUGAUACAGAUUCUCAAGCAGCCCCCUCCGAGCCCGUCGUUGGACCAUCCUGCGGCAGAUUUAUGCGCAGAGACGGCUUUAAGGACGCUGAAUGACAGUGUUACGGCUACGUUGAAGACGCAGGGGAAGAAAGGGAAACACCAGGAGCAGCAGACACAGCACGAACCUGCAGUAUCGCAUGCGCUGCAGCUUGUCAAGGCCAUCGCAGCGGCAUCGGGAGGCUGGCCGAGCAAGAAGAUCGAACCGCUAUGCGAGCUGCUUAUGAACGUCGCCAGGUCAUCAAACGAGUAUCUCACAAUGGGCACGUUUGAAGUAUUCGAGGUGAUAUUCACAGGGAUGGCAGACGAGUUCUCCUCCUCCAAACUGCCUCGCCUUUUGGAUGCCAUUUCAGAGUUAAAGCCUGCCCACAACGAUUCGCAGCUACUCCCACCGUGGAUCGCAGUGCUAUCUCGAGGGUACGAUGUCUCUGCACAGGUGUCGGCGCAAGAAACGUUCGAGAAACUACCGGAGCUCUUCGACCUGUUCGCCAGCUUCCUCACAUCCCCAUCGCGAAAUAUCCGCACCUCAGCUUCUGAAGGCAUGAUUUCACUUCUCGUCGCAUGUGUACCGGAGUCGGUCCUGCUAGAAGCGUCUGUGUAUGAUGAGAAAAUCAUCGAAAAGCUCGCCAAGUCAGCCACCAGCCUACUCGCGGUCAAAUACCAGGUUGCGCGAGCGGAUUUGUUCAACGUCCUUGAGGCCAUGUUUAAUGCGCUCCAAUGGAGGAGCUCACCCGUACUUAACGAGGUAGUGAGGAUAAUUGGUGAUUUGCGCACCAACGAGAACUUCCAAAAUAAAAAGGAGGCCGAGAAGGUCCUGGGUGCUGCCAUCAAUGUGAUGGGCCCCAAGGCUGUUCUGGAUAUCCUCCCACUGAACAUCGUGAACCAGAAGGCCGGCGAACCAGGCCGUGUCUGGCUUCUUCCUCUACUAAGAGACUACGUGGCAAACACCAGCCUGGCGUAUUUCCGCUCCGAAUUUGUCCCAUUGAGUGAAUCUCUAUAUCAGAGAGUGAUGGACUAUGGAGAGGCAGAAAAAACGGUCGAGGUCAAGAUCUUUGAGACUCUUGUGCAGCAAACUUGGGCAUGUUUGCCCGGAUUCUGCGAACUGCCGCUGGACAUGAGAGACGCCUUUGAUCAGCCAUUUGCCGAGCUGCUGUCGAAUGUGUUGUAUAAGCAGGCUGAGCUGAGAGUGGACGUGUGCAGGGCACUGCAGAAUCUGGUUGAGUCGAAUCAAGCGAUUACCUCUGUUGAGUCUGAGACCGAAGAUCUCGUUAUGCAGCGACGAGUUACCAAGGAAGAGGCGAGGAAGAACAUAGAGCAUCUUGCUGGAUUUGCUGGGAAUAUGCUUGCUGUGUUGUUCAAUGUGUACAGCCAGACUCUGCCGCAGUUCAGGGGUCACAUCUUGCAAUGCAUCAACGCAUUCCUCAGCAUUACAGGCGAACAGGAACUCAUCGACACGUUUACUCGCGUGACAUCGAUGCUAGAAACCGCACUUGAGGAAGAAGCCAAUGCCACCAAAUCCGUCAUGGCUCGUAGGGAUAAAAUGCCUCCAACCUCUCACACACUCAUGGAUCUCAUCGUGACAAUGUCAAUCUACCUCCCUCGCACCAGCUUUGGAACUCUCUUCUCGCUCGCCUCUGUGGUCCUCAACAAAUCCUCAUCUGACCCCCAGCUCAUCAAGAAGGCGUACAAACUCAUCCCUCGUCUUGCAGGCACAGAGUCAGGCCGCGCAGCUCUCUCCGAGCGUAGUGCAGAACUCCAAACACUCAUCCUCUCAACUGCAGACAAGACACCUGCACCAGCUCAUCGGGACCGCCUCCUAGCUAUACACGAGGUCAUCACCCAUCUACCCACGGAAGACCUGCAUUUCAUCCCUGGCGUCCUCUCUGAAAUUGUUCUAGGCUGCAAAGAGAGCAAUGAGAAGGCGAGAACGGCUGCAUUCGCACUCCUCGUCCAUACUUCCCAGCGAAUGGUGGAUUCCGAGCGCAACCCACCUGGCACAAAGAUCCGCAACUCACUCGUUGCACAUAUGCCAGAUGACGCACCAGAUGCCCCUGCCACAGUCGAGGAAUUGUUCACGAUGGUCUCCGCUGGUCUGGCCGGCAGCUCACCACACAUGGUUGCUGCCAGUGUAACGGCCAUGUCACGUCUGCUCUUCGAGUACCACACCCAACUGCCAACAUCCAUGCAGUCUGACUUGCUACAAACAAUCGAGCUGUUCUUGACCAGUAAUAAUCGCGAAAUAGUCCGCUCUGUUCUCGGCUUCGUCAAGGUCGCCGUCGUCGCGCUGCCAGACGACCUUCUCAAGCCACGACUUCCUUCAGCCGUCCCUAAGCUGAUGAUGUGGAGCAAAGAACACAAGGGACGACUAAGAAGUAAAGUCAAGGGAAUCCUAGACAGGCUAAUACGCAAGUUUGGAGCUGCGUUCGUUGAAGGUCUCGUAGAAGAAGCAGACCGUAAACUCGUUGUUUCUAUCCGCAAGGAGAGAGAGCGCCAAAAGCGCAAGAAGGAAGUCAAACCAGACGAAGACGACGAGGAGACACAGCAGCCACGCAACCAAUCCCAGGGACAGACCAAAUCGUUCACCAACGAAUUCGACAAGGCCGUCUACGGUUCUGACUCGGACUUCCUAUCUGGAGACGACUCGGAUGCAAGUGAGAUCGAAAUCGACAGUGCCGGCAACACUACCAAGCGAUCUACGCAAAAGGGUAAACGACGUACUGCAGCUGGCGAUAGUGGAGAGCAAUAUAUCCGCGAACUCUCGCCGGAGUCCAACCCUCUUGAUCUACUUGCUCCCGACGCUCUAGCGAAUAUAUCCAGCACCAAGCCGUCGGUGCGCUUCCUGGCGUCUAAACAUAGACAGAAACGCCGUCCCCGCGUUGACGAGGACGGUAAAUUGAUAUUUGGCGAUGAGGACGGUGACGGUAACGAUGCCAUGGAUACCGCCGAGGGCGGUGCAUCUGGGGUAAACGCAUAUGUGACGGCUGUCAGUGGACCGGAUGCAUUGAGGAAGGGCCAAAAGGGACGAUGGAAGGCUAGUCAGGGGAAGAAGGGUGAUGAUGCUGGCGAUGAGAUGGAGCUUGACUCUGGUGACGAGAAGGGGAAACAGCCGCGCGGACAGACGGUUCAAGGUAGAGGACGGGGAGGGUUUGUAGCUAAGACCGGUCGACGGGGACUCGGGAUGGGUAAGGAGAGAGGAAGCCCCGGCGGUGGAAGUGGAAGGAUUGAGAAGCGCAGAAGAGAUUCCAGAGGCGGCGGCGGCGGUGGUAGGGGAAGAGGAAGAGUUGGGAAGUAA